AUGGGUGUGACAUUCAAGGGAAUUGUCAGUCGUGUGAUUCAGGGUAUCAUGGUCAUCGAUGUGAAUAUGAAUGCAAUUGCAAAAAUAAGACACAUAAAGACUGAACCAUUAAAUACAGACACCAAAACGGAUGAGUUAUCAAAUACUACGACUAUUGCUGCAAUUGGUGGAGGCAUAGGAGGUGUUGUUGUUAUUGCUGCCAUUGUAGUGACGAUCCUUUUCUUACUCAGAAAAAGGAGAACACGAAAACCGUAUGAGGAAUACACAGACGGUGUUGGUAACGAAUAUCACACAAUCGGACCUGUUUCUGAAGGAGAUAAUAAAGCGAAAACAUCACCACAGACAUCAGGAUAUAGUCCUGCCAGGUAUGACACAGCUGCAAAUAUUGUAAGGAUCGGUGAAUCUUUGGAAGCCCGCGAAGAGGAUGAACUUGAAAUAGACUUGGACGAAGAGAGGAGAACACAGAAAAGGAAACUGGCCAAGAAGGUUGAGGAGAACGUUUACUACAUCCGGUUACAGGAUAUCGAGAAACGAAAAGUGAAAGUGGAGGAAAUGGCGGCUUUUGUGGAUGAAAAGACUCUGGCCUACUAUGAGGAGGAAUUUGAUAAAUUCUCUGACGGCCUCACAAGGAGCUGUGACGUUGCAAAAUUACCUCUAAACAGGGCGAAAAACAGAUACAAGGGAUUAUAUGCCUGUAGUUCUACCUUUUAAGUUUUUU